GCCGCAUUUGCUUCACGUCCCCUGCCGUUCAUAAUGGCCACAGCCGUCGCAACUCCAGUAUCUCUUGCCAACGGGACAGAUGGGGUGAAUGGCAUCGCGACCAAUGGUAGAACCAAGUCUAAGAACCAGCUCAGGCGGCUCAAGGCAAAACAGAAGAGGGCGGAGCAGUCGGUCACUCCCACACCCGAACCCAAUGGCGACGCGAAAGAGGAGAUAAAGCGGGAGGAUGAGGUUAUGGUUAUGAAUGUUGAGUACGUGUCUGAGCAGUUGGAAGUCAAAGGGACUGCUCUCGAAGCAUUCUCCGACGUCUUUGCACGCUUUCAGCUGCCAUCUGAAUCUGCCACGCAAACGCGAGACGGUGACCGCGCGAAGGGCGAGAUUAUUUACUCGGAUGACGACAUGGAGUCGGAGGGGGAUUCGGACCAAGAAGAGAAAAAGCCAUUGUCCAAAAAGAAGGCCCGCAAGAUGAACAGGCUCACCGUCGCCGAGCUGAAGCAGCUUGUCAAGAAGCCUGAAGUUGUCGAAUGGACGGAUGUCACCGCGGCUGACCCACGCCUUCUCCUUCACCUCAAGAGCUACCGGAAUACCGUCCCUAUACCCGCACACUGGAGUGCUAAGCGCGACUACCUACAGGGCAAGCGUGGUAUCGAGAAACCUCCAUUUCAACUUCCGUCGUAUAUCGCCGAUACGGGGAUUGCCACUAUGCGCGAUGCUAUCAAAGAGAAGGAAGCUAACAUGUCGUUGAAGGCCAAGACUCGCGAACGUGUCCAACCAAAGAUGGGCAAGGUCGACAUUGACUAUCAGAAAUUACACGAUGCCUUCUUCAAGCACAUGACGAAGCCGAAUGUCACAGGGUUUGGUGAGAUGUACUAUGAAGGCAAGGAAUUUGAGACGCAACUCAAGCACAAACGUCCCGGAGAGCUAUCACCUGAGCUUGUGGAGGCGCUCUCUAUCCCACCGCUCGCACCGCCGCCAUGGCUUAUCAGUAUGCAGCGCUUCGGUCCCCCGCCAAGCUACCCUACAUUGCGGAUACCCGGACUAAAUGCGCCUAUUCCCGAAGGUGCGCAAUGGGGUUUCCAUCCUGGUGGAUGGGGCAAGCCGCCACUGGAUGAGUAUAACCGGCCGUUGUAUGGCGAUGUCUUUGGCGUCCUACCCAAAACAAGUGAUGCUGAUCAAGGUGGCGAACCGGUCGAUCGGACACCGUGGGGAGAACUGGAACCGGAAGAAGAAGAAGAGUCGGAAUCUGAGGAAGAGGAAUCCGAAGAGGAGGAGGAGGAGGCUGAGCCAGCGCCACACGAUGGCGUGCAGACGCCCUCCGGCCUGGAGACGCCAUCAGGCAUGACGAGCGUCGUCUCGACAGUCGCCGGCGGACUCGAGACGCCUGACUUCCUUGAGCUGCGGAAGAACGCUGGUCGUGCGCCAAGCGAGGCGGCGGACAGCGGUCCCCGCUCGCUCUACCAAGUUGUACCCGAGAAGCAGACGUCGGUCCGGGGCCUGAUGGGCAGCGAGCGCGGGUACGACAUCAGCGCGGUUGCGAACACGAAUGCCGCCAUCCCUGUGCUCGGCGACGAGCGUGGCACAAAGCGCAAGGCGAACGGUGUGGAGAUCUCCAUCGACGCGUCGGAGCUCGAGGGUAUGUCGGAAGAGGAGCUCCGUCGCCGGUACGACCAUGCGGCGCGCGGGAGUGCGGGCGUACCUGGUGCGAACGGUCGGGAAGACUUUUCGGACAUGAUCGCGAAGGAGAUGGCGAAGAAGAAGCAGAAGAUGGAGCGGGACCGGGAGAACAGGAAGGAGAAGGACUUCAAGUUCUAGGAUCUUUGUGUCCUGCUUCUGUUCUGCUCGUGUUCUUCUCAUUGGCUCACGCUUCUCUGUGUAUCGUAGACUGCUUUUAUUAUACAUCGAUCACUAGGACAGCAUGCCCU